AUGGAGUCUUCACCCUUGGGAGGUCGCGGCGGAACUAAAAUAAGAGAACUUGAGGAUUCUUCAGGUUCCAGGAUAAAGGUUAUAAAGGGAACCUAUGAAGCUGAAGUAAAGAUUUUUGGCAGUGCUGCUGUGCAAAACAAAGCCAAGAUGUUGAUUGAUGAUGCUGUUACAAGAUCUGGACAAAACUACAUUAGAGGAAAAACAUUGGACAUUAUCAAGCCUGAAAAUAGCCCAAAGAAAUCUGUGAUUGACUGGGCCUCUCUUCGAGAAAACAAAGCUAAAUAUGAAGCUAUGAAGUGGGCAGACUUGCCACCAAUUGAGAAAAACUUCUAUAAAGAAUCGCCAAGGACUGCUUCUAUGUCACAAGAAGAAGUGGAACUGUGGCGGAAAGAAAAUAAUAACAUAAUUUGUGAUGACUUAAAAGAAGGUGAAAAGCGUUGCAUUCCCAAUCCUAUAUGUAAAUUUGAAGAUGUAUUUGAGCAUUAUCCUGACCUUAUGGCUCAUAUAAGAAAAGUUGGUUUUCAAAAGCCUACACCAAUUCAGUCCCAGGCAUGGCCGAUCAUACUCCAAGGAAUUGAUCUUAUUGGUAUAGCGCAGACUGGUACCGGGAAGACAUUAGCGUACUUAAUGCCUGGAUUCAUUCACUUGACUUCACAACCAAUAUCCAAAGAUCAGCGUGGGGGGCCAGGAAUGUUAGUCCUUGCUCCCACUCGAGAACUGGCACUUCAAGUAGAGGCAGAGUGUUCGAAGUACACGUACAAAGGAAUUAAAAGUAUUUGCAUAUAUGGUGGUGGGGACCGAAGAGGACAGAUAGAUGUGGUUACCAAAGGUGUGGAUAUCAUUAUUGCUACUCCUGGCAGAUUGAAUGAUCUUCAAAUGAACAACUUCAUAAAUUUGAAGACCAUAACAUACUUGGUUUUAGAUGAGGCUGACAGAAUGUUGGAUAUGGGAUUUGAACCUCAGAUAAUGAAGAUCCUAAUAGAUGUGCGGCCUGAUAGACAAACUGUUAUGACGAGUGCUACUUGGCCUGAUGGUGUUCGUCGCCUAGCAAAAUCCUAUUUGAAAAAUCCUAUGAUUGUGUAUGUUGGUACUCUUGACUUAGCAGCAGUAAAUACAGUAGAACAGAGAGUUGUUGUUAUUGCUGAGGAGGAAAAGAGAGCUUUCAUGCAAGACUUCAUUGACUCUAUGAAGCCAGAAGAUAAGGUCAUCAUGUUUGUGGGGAAAAAACUUACAGCUGAUGACUUAGCAAGCGACUUUAGUCUCCAAGGAGUUCCAGUACAGUCACUUCAUGGUAACAGGGAACAGUGUGAUCGAGAACAGGCUUUAGAUGACUUCAAGAAAGGCAAAGUCAGAAUACUGGUAGCUACUGACUUAGCAUCCCGUGGACUCGAUGUGCAUGAUAUAACUCAUGUUUUUAACUUUGACUUCCCUCGCAACAUUGAAGAAUAUGUUCAUAGAGUAGGUCGUACUGGAAGAGCAGGACGUACUGGGGAGGCAGUAACGCUUGUCACUAAGAGAGAUUGGAGGUUUGCAUCUGAGCUGAUUGAAAUUCUGGAAAGAGCAAACCAAGUAGUUCCUAGUGAGCUUAUUGCAAUGGCAGAAAGAUACAAACAAUUUCAAAUCAGAAAAGAAAUGGAAAAGGAUAUGCGAAGACCUCCGAGAAAGCCCUCAAAAUAA